CGCAUGCUUGUCCGCGCGUGUUUGUUGCAACCAAUAGCCAACUGAAGAAGAGAGAGUUGCUUCACAGACAGACUAAUGACACUCGCGGUGUAUUGUUCGCUUCACCGGUUUCUCUCCUGGAUCCCUGUAGCCCACCAGCUGGUCUGUAUCGUAAUCCCGGGGACAGUGUCUGCUUUGACAGAGAUUUCGGGAAGACCACCUAUAGGCCUAUAGACUCGUUUCAUUCCGUUGAAGAGGUCUGAAAAACGCAGCCAGCAAGAGACGACGGGGCAUGUUGCCACACAGCUAAUAUCAACACAAUAGACCGAUAAAUAGUGUGACGGCGAAAGUGAGAUGUUCACUCACUGACACACAAAACAACACAAGGAACUGUACUAUUUUACGAACGGCAUCUCGGAGUCUCAAGAGACAAGAAACCAGCGGCGGAUGUCAGGUGUUUCUGAGCUGCUGUGUUAGUGUGAUGGACCACCAACAGUUUGAUGGAGGCCAUGUGUCAGAGAGCUGUGACUCACCUGGUAACGGGGACUCCUGGCCCCCACCUGCCAAACUGUCCCGCCUGGAGCUGAAUGGUGGCAUGGGCCCCCCAGGGCCAUACCAGGGCAGGACGAGACAGGGGAGCCCAGGGGCCAGAGCCCCCACCCCGGCCCCCAUAUCCACGAUACCGGCACCACAACCUAAGAACUGGCAUAAGAGAGGGAGCCUGCUGCCUGUGCUGUGUGUGGUGGAGCACAGAGAGAACCCAGUCUCGGCAGUGGAGGCUGAGAGGCGAGAGGAGCAUGCAGAGUUUGUACUGGUCAGGAGAGACCUGCUGUUUAACCAGCUGAUAGAGAUGGCUCUACUGACCCUGGGCUACUCUCAUAGCUCAGCAGCACAGGCAAAAGGUUUGAUCCAGGUGGGUAGGUGGAACCCUGUCCCUCUGUCCUGUGUGACUGAUGCUCCUGAUGCCACAGUGUCUGACAUGCUGCAGGACCUCUACCAUGUCACCACCCUCAAGAUCCAGCUCACCAGUUGUCCCAUGUUGGAGGAACUCCCUCCAGAACAGUGGAGUCACUCUACAGUGAGAAACGCCCUGAAGGAGCUACUGAGAGACAUGAACCAGAGCUCACUGGCCAAAGAGUGCCCUCUGUCGCAGAGUAUGAUCUCCUCCAUUGUAAACAGCACCUACUACGCAAACGUGUCGGCCACCAAGUGCCACGAGUUUGGCCGCUGGUACAAGCACUUCAGGAAGACCAAAGGCGUCAUGGGUAAGAUUACAGAGAUUGAUAGCGUCUCUGACCAAUCCCAACCGGGCUCCACCCAUCUGACCUUUACCCAUCAACCAAUACCAGGCAACACAGCCGAACAGGCCGACUCCUCGCCCCUCGUCUUCCCUCAUGGGGGAGCCGCCCAUAUUUCUGGCCGUGGCUGCCUGGCCCCAAGUCUCCGCCCCCCAGGGCUGGUGACCGCCCCCCUCAGCCCCCAGCUAGUCAACCCCCAACAGAUUGUCAUGGCCCAGUUCCUCAACCAGCAGUAUGCAGUUACCCGUAUGUUAUCCCAGCAGAGCCUAUCUGUAUCUGUCUCCACCUCCCCCCACCAGUUCCUCAACCACCCCUCUGUGGGGAGGCCUCCCACCUCUCUGGCCCUAGCCAAGGCCCUCGACCCCCAGCCCCAGGCUGGACCACCAGGACCCGGGUCUGGGUCCCAGAGCCAGGUGUGUGGACCAUCAGACAUCUACUGUGAGAUCUACCAGUGGGUGAGAGAGGAGCUGAAGAGAGCAGGCAUCUCCCAGGCUGUGUUUGCCCGUGUGGCCUUCAACAGGACCCAGGGCCUGCUGUCUGAGAUCCUGCGUAAAGAGGAGGAUCCUAAGAGUGCGUCUCAGUCUCUCCUGGUGAACCUGCGGUCCAUGCAGAGUUUCCUCCAGCUACCUGAGGGCGACCGCGACCGUAUCUACCAGGAGGAGAGGGAGAGGAGUCUGACCACGUCGACCACUAUCACCCAUUCACCCAACAACACGACCCCACCACGCCACACACAGACCAGAAAGGAAGAGGAGAACUUUGUCAAGGCUGAAGAUUGGCACUCCCGGGUUUCCAUAGGCAUCCCUAUAGCGAGGCUGUCCCCAGUAGCAGUAAUAAACAGAGGGGUGAAGAGCGAGGGAUGUGUUCUUAACAUCAACGGUUCCAUCUAUGAGGAGAUCCAACAGGAGAUGAAGAGAGCCAAGGUUUCUCAGGCCAUGUUUGCCAAGAUGGCCGCCUCCAAAAGUCAGGGCUGGCUGUGUGAGCUGCUGCGCUGGAAGGAGGAUCCAUCCCCAGAGAACCGGACCCUGUGGGAGAACCUGUGUAUGAUCAGGCGCUUCCUGAGUCUGGCCCAGACGGAACGAGAUGCCAUCUACGAACAGGAGAGCAACGCUCUGCAGCAACACUGUACAGACAGACUGAUACAGCUAGUCAACGACAACACACUGCUCCAACGCCACUCCCCAUUGCCACAGCAACAUCAUCAACGACUGCUGACCCCUCGGUCCCAGCAGCCCUUGCAGCCCCAGGCAGGGCCUCGCCUGCCUCCACGACAACCGUCCACAGCAUCACCAGCCGAGACUGAGGGGGGUGGGGGCCAACUGAAGACCUGGUUGGGGGGUAGUAAGGUUGAUGGGAGGGUAGACAUUACUGGCCUGGGCAAUAGGAGUAGGGCUGGGUGUAGUAGUGACAAGGAAGGGUGCGCGGGAGGUUGGUCGGGGGCCAGACAGAGUAACGGGGAGGGCAAUGGCGGGCGUAAUGGUGAGGGGUGUGAGGGGUUUCGGGUGUCCCGGGAGGCGCAGGGUAUCCUGCAGAGCUUCAUCCAGGACGUGGGUCUGAACCCAGACGAGGAGGCUGUCCACACCCUGUCAGCCCAGCUGGGCCUGCCCAAACACACCAUCCUCAGCUUCUUCCACACCCAGCACCACAGCUACACACACCAGAACCAUAGACGGGACUACAGUGAGAUCCACCACAACCAACUUCCCAGCCAGAACCACAAGGACCAGGACCUGCUCUUCUGUAUUGCAGCAGGCCCAACCCAGCCUGACAGAACUACAGGGGAGAAGGAAGAGGGAGGUGCCGUAGAUCCCGCUGGACAGAUAGAUGGAGAGGAGGAGGAGGACAUGGAGGGGGAAGAGGAAGUAGAGUGGGAGGGGGGGAAAGAGUUGGAUGUGAGCACCCAAACUAACGCCGUCGUCACCCUAAAGGAGGAGGAGCAACAUGACUCUAACCAAUCACAGGCAGAGACAACCCAACCACAUGACUCUGAUGAAUAGCAUGGCCCCAACCACUAGUUGUCCCCUCAAACUCAACUAGAUAUUUUCACAGCGCUACUGCAGAAAAUAAUAUCCCCCUUUUCUGAACAACUGUAGUAAUGAUGUGUCAUAAUAGGCGAUUCCCUUAUUUAUAAUGAAAUAUUGAAAUAAAGGACUGUCUUUGUGAAAAGAAAUUAGAUUAUGUAGUUACACAAGAUAUUUUAACUGUUGAGGAUCCCAUUUUAAACACAUUUUGCCAACAAAUGCCUUGUAGUAUGCGUCACUACCCACCUGGUCCUACGGCUAGCUCAUCCUCUCUGGAUUCUGAUGAUACUGAAAUGUGAAUAUUGAUAAGUUUGUUUUCAUUUCUUUCUCUGUCACCAAACUAUGCUUUCUUAUCUUUCUGUCACAACGUCCACUUUUAGGUGUCUCUUUGACUGACGGUAAAAUCAAUUAUCUUUAAGGUAUUUUAUGGUCAACAAUCAACAUAUUUGAGUGGCUUCCCUCAAAUUGUGUAUGCAAAUUAUUUCACUCAUGCAAUUUAAUACUUCAGUUGGUCAACUGUAGAAGAAAAGGCUAAAAUGCAAAUUAUAUGUGUGUGUAUAACUGCCUUUGAUUUAACCUACCAUCUUUGUAAAAAUGUAUUCGUUUUAAAAUAGUUAAUUCCAUUGAUUUAUGAGUAACUUGAUCGAAGUGGUUGUUUUAAACAUGUUUAAUAAUUUAUCUGUUCAGAAAUGCAAUUAAUGCGGAUGGUAAUUAAUUUUGUAUUUAUACCUGUGAUUUAUGAU